AUGUCAUAUGAAAGUAUAUUGCCCGAGGGUUACCAAAAAGUAGAGCCUCCACCUAGUGAGAAAGGGCCUGUCAAUGUGUUCAUUUCGGUCCAGAUCUAUGACAUCUAUGGUGUGAAUGAGGAGUCAAUGGAUUUUUACUUGCAUAUUUAUGUCACUGAUAUAUGGGAGGAUUCUCGUUUACUGGUGGACUGUGUGACGUCAGAAAAAUCAGUUAAACUACCAGAUAAUAUCGUUAAACUAAUAUGGAUGCCAGAUAUUUACUUCGAGAACACGAAAAGUGGUACUUUAUUCUCUACUACAGUUCCCAACACAAUUGUGAAAAUUCUACCUGACAAAAGCAUUUUACGAAACGCCCGGUAUCUUCUUCAAGUUAGUUGUGCAAUGAACCUGAAAGAUUAUCCAAUGGACAGGCAGAUUUGCCAUCUUCGAACUGGCUUAUAUUCUCAUUCUGACAACGAAGUUUACAUUCAAUGGACAAAGGAAAGUAGAGGGCGCUACGACUGGAUUCCUAGUGUAAAACUCAUCGGAGGUGACGAACUUCCUGAAUAUAAGUUGGUUGAAGUUGUACCGGAAACGCAAGUAGUUGCAUGGACUUUAGGUCGUACUACUUUAAUGUAA